ACUGAUUUCUGUCCCUCAAACAGCGAGCUAUUGUACACGGACGGUGUGAUUCCGGCCGAAGAAGCCGACAGUCACCGGGCGAGCGCGACGUCGGACUCUCAAAGUCAGCAGCAAGACCUCGAUCUGACGGGCUUGUCUGGUGGUAGCGACAGCAGCGGUGGGGGAGGUGCCGCGGGCGCAGAAGCCAGCCUCGACCUGUCGCUCAUGAUGGAUCCGUCUGCCGGUGACAUCAGCUCGACGAUUCCCCGGCAUCAUCAAUCCCACCAACACCCGGCCGUUGCAGCGGCUUUCUCGUCGUCGAACCAGAACCACAACAUGGUCUCGCCAGACAUUGUCUGUACGAUGGGUUUCGAUUCAGCCAAUCCCUUUUCGUCUGUCAGCAACGGGAGCCACUAUCAUCAUCACGACCAAAUACAACCCCGCGCUCAAGGGCAAAACCACAGCCAGUGCCACGGCAACGGUCACGGGCAGGGCGACGUCAAGGUCGAAAGCGAACAGCAAUUGCAAGACAUGAUGAUCGAUCCAAGCGUUCAUCUCUCUUAAAAUCCUCCGGGUUCCCUUACCUUUCUUUGCUUUUCCUUGUUGGCCACACUUCGCUCUUUCGAUUGUACAAGAGUAUACUCA